AUGGGCGGCACCAUCCUAAGCCCCGCCCCAUUUUGCUCAACCGUCCUCUCAGCCGCAAGCCUUCUCAUUUUGUCUCAGAAAACGGAGGAAGAAAUGCGUGGAAUUGUGAUUCUUCUGCUCAUUGUCGUCAGCCUACUGCUCAUUUCGACUGUUCACUCGCAUCCGUUCUUCAUCGCACUCACAAGAUUACAGGAUGCCGAACAACUGAUGUCAAAACGAGGUCUCGACAAAUGUGGAUGCAAUCUUGGAUGCUUCUACUCGUCAGCUCGAGAUUGUAUGAGUUGCUGUGCUCUCGCACUUUGACCAACCUCAGUUUUCUGAUAAUUUCUGAAUUGGUGCGUGAUGUGUGUGUGUGUUCACUUUUUUCUUGGUCUGGCUCAUGAAAUGAAAUGAAAUGAAUGAUAUGAUACCUGUU